AUGGCCGACCUCAACGCAUGUUUUUCAAAACUGCACCGACUCGGCCUCUUGGUUCAGGAGCCAAUCCAGGUUCAAUGCAAGGGAGGCAGGCUCUCUAUCCAGUUCAGUGAUAUCCGUGAUGCUGUUCUCAUUCAUGACAACGUCCAUCGGGCCGAGGCGGAUUUUGAAGCCGAGUAUCUGUCAGAUGGCAAUUUCACUGAGCACAUGUACCGGGUUCCCAACAAACUCGGGCCCUGGCUAUCACUUGUUGCUUCAGCCACAUCCCUGGGUCUGCUGGAUGCGAACGCCGUUGAAGCAGCCGUCAAGCGCAUGCUGCAGUCACAGGGUCAACUCUCUGCGUUCUAUGUGCAUCAAGAUCAUGAUCCAUCGGUGUUCAGGGCUUUCUUUCAAUUCGAGGACCCGUCCAAAACCAUAUCGGCAGUGGGUGCUCUUGACAACAGAGUCGUCGAGGGAGCACAUAUAACGAUCUCGCUCGUGGAUGCCGGUGACCUAUUUCAGACGCCCCAAGACACCAGAGAUAUCACAGCCGACGGCCUCAGCCACAACAUACCUGUUGAUCUGACAAACGCUCUCCAGGCAUUGGCUCUAUCCAAACCGGCUCCUCCGAUGCAUCUGAUGGGCCAUGCAACGCCCAUGUCCGGACCCAACACUCCCUACUCGACUCACGGAAUUCAGGUCCCCCCUUUUGCGAUGUGGCCCAUACUCUGUCAGCCGCAGUUUCAACCGAGCGGUGCUUACAUGCUCAACGACGGCCACCGUCUACCACAGCCGCCUCCUAUGCCCAACUCCGCUAGGUACCAGCUUAAUAACCCCAUGUCCAUUCAGUCUUCCCGCAGCAUGUCCACGACGAGUUCCUUCCACCCCGGCGUGAGAGGCGAGCCCCGUAGACAGAACGCAGCUCGUGUCAACAGGUCGCCCUACUACAAUGUUGCGAGUCACCACAAUCAUGUCGAUGUGAACCGUAUCCGGGAAGGAACAGAUGUUCGCACAACGAUCAUGCUUCGCAACAUUCCAAACAAAGUUGACCAGGCGAUGCUCAAGAGGAUUGUUGACGAGUCCAGCUGGGGCAAGUAUGACUUCAUUAUGUUGUUCUCCACCGUCAAUGACGAAGAGCAAUCAGGACUGACACAGCGUGCACCUGGCAGUGUCGGAUAUGCGUUCAUAAACUUUGUUGACGUAGGUCUUCUUUCUCCUAGCUUGUGUCAAGCGCAAACUAAUACCCUCUGGCAGCCUCUGGACAUAAUUGACGUUUCCCGGUUCUGCCCAGAUCGCGAUGAGGUCGGUUGA